AUGGAAAACAAGUCUCGAGUUCUCUUUUCUGUGGUAUUAGUCGUGGCUCUAUGCGUCACUUGCUCGGUAAGGCUGGGUCUAGCCGAGGUGCAGCAACCGCAACAACUUCCGAAUCUCCCCGGAAUCUUUCCGCCCGGUUUUCCGAUUGACAUCACGAAGUGUUGGUCAUCUCUCAUCAACAUUCCGGGAUGUUUGAUGGAAAUCACGACAUCGAUCUUCACGGGGUAUUUUGGACAUAUCGGUCCGAUGUGUUGCAAAGAGUUUUCGGCCAUAGAGGAUAACUGUUUGCCAAAGAUGUUUCCUAUGAUUCCAUUCUUCCCUCAGCUUCUCAAGAGCAGCUGUUCGGGAAAUGCGGCGGCUCCUCCUACAAACAAGUGA